GUACAUGCCCACAUCCCAAAACAAUUGGUUCCAAAAUUCAUUAACAAUUUUAAGGAAGGUUCAGUUUGGGCUGUUAAGAAUUUCUUGGUCAUCAACAACUUCUACACGUACAGGACAACCCCUCACAAGUACAUGAUCAAGUUCAAUUACCAGACUAUAGCUAAGCAAUUCAAAAGAAUUGAGUUUCCAAGUCAGAUGUUCCGUCUCACACCAUUUGAGGCUCUAAAAGUUGAAGGUGUUAAUGAUAAGCUGUUGAUGUAAUUGGAAAAGUGGCUGAAAUAUACUCACCUCAAGAAAAAAUGAUUUCUGGGAGAACAACUCGGCUUAUAGACUUUAUCAUUGAGGAUUUAAGUGGAAAUCAGAUUAGGUGUACUCUAUGGGAUGAUCAUGUUGGUAAGAUUGAGCCAUUUUUUAAUGCAAGUAGUCAUGAACCAAUGGUGGUGAUCUUGCAGUUCUGUCGAAUUAGGAGAGAUGCCACGAAUGGCGAGGUGAGGCUUUGCAGCUCAUAUGAUGUGACACAAGUCCUUAUUAACCAGCAAUCUAAAGAGUUUUUGGAGUUUAGGGAGAGUUUAAUUCUUCGUGGUGUGCAAACACCCAUGAGGAGCAUUGAAUCCUUUCCAAUGAUGGAGCAGACCCAAUGUAAUGCUCAAGAUAUGAAAACUAUCAGUGAAAUUUACCAAACCAGAGAGUAUGGGGACUACUGGGUUGCAGCUAGGAUAGUUGCUAUAGAGGAUUCUGUCAAUUGGUAUUACAGUUCAUGUAGAGCUUCUGGCUGUAACAAGAAGCUUGAGUCAAAAGGUGGGCUAUAUUACUGUACAAAGUGUGAAAAGAGCUGUCGAGAAGGUAAUUUGAGAUACAGGUUGAAGAUCAGAGUUGCAGAUCUAGAAGGAAAUGCACCUUUUCUCCUUUGGGACAGAGAGUGCAAUCAGCUAUUGGGAAUUUCUGUUGCAGAGUUGAAGUCAAGGCAUUCAAAUGCAACUCAACUGAUCCCAUCAGAAUUACAAUCCUUGGUUAAACAGUGCAUGCUAUUUAGGGUGGUCGUUAGGAAAGAACAAUUUGAGAAUCUCGACAACGUAUUUUCUGUCAUGAGGAUAAACACUGACCAAAGAUUGAUUCAAGUGCAUGCACCAGAGCUUCUGCGCAUUCCUGACAAGUAUUUGAGCUCCAAAGUUGACCAAAUGGUGGAGGAUGAUGAUUUUGAGGAGGAAUUUGUUGAGGUUGAUGAAGGGGAAAAUCUUCUUGGGGUUGGUGUUGCUUGCAAUCAAGAUGAUGUGGGUGAUAGUUCAGUUGUAAAGAGGCGCCUUCUAGACGAGUCUUCAUCAACCCAGACAUCAAAGAACAAAGGGAUUAAGGAGGAAAGUGAUUGA